UUAUUCUUCCUCCUUUCACGACGACGAUGGACGCACUUCGCGGACUGGCGAGCCAGAUCGCCGUGCUGGUUGUGCCAGCGUCACCUCCACCCAGCACACCCGGCGAUUCCGGCAGUCUCCCGCCGCUCGAUGCACUGCUCGAGCAGCUCUUGUCGACCCGCCUGGGCGUUGCCAUCGCUGCAGCUGCGUUCGUCGGCGCUUGCUCGGGCAUUGCCAGAGUCAUGCUCGCCAAUUCCCUACCAGCCGUCGUCGGAGGAGUCCAAGUCCCCGCGACGACCCCUCCACCGCCGUCAUCGACACCGACAUCCGUCUCGCCUGCUGCUGCUGCUGCUGCUUCUGGACCUGCUGCUGUGGGCGAUGCAGCGGCGCCAAUCUCGUCCAGCGGUGGACUGAUUACGGCGGUUGCGUUCUCACCCUUCCAUCUUGCCGCUUGGGCGACCGAGCAAGCCGCCAAGGCCGUCGCGCGGGUUGCUGCUGCUCCGAAUGGCCAAGUCGGUGCUACUGCUCCUGCUGCCUCGGCGGAUGCGGUGGCCGCCGCUGGAACGGGAUCUGGCACGAGCCAAUUGUUCAGCGUCAUUCGCGCUGCAAUCCGAGGCCUCCUUGUUCCCGUACACGUCGUCAAUUCCGUCCGUCGAGCAGUCCACAAUGCUGCGUUCCAUGGUGCAAAGCUGCUGGCAGCUGUUUUGCGCCAGUCACUCCCGUCCUUUUCUCAAGUGCUCGAGAACUCGCCCCGUCUUGGCGGACUGCUCUCGCUGCUGUGCGCGUCUUCGCUUCUUUGGCUUGUUUCGGUCCGCAUCAACGACGUCUCGAUUGUUGAUCCCUUCUGGAGUCUCGGUUUUCUCAUUCUUACUGCAGUCUUCCGCAACCACCGCGCUACCGCCACCGGCUUUGCUGGUCGCAAAGAUUUGAUUUUGCUUCUCGUUUCGCUCUGGGCAGUUCGGCUCUCGGCCUAUCUGUUCUACCGCAACUACGGUCAAGGCGAAGACUUCCGCUACCAAGCCUUCCGUCGUCGCCAUGGCCCCAAGUACUGGUGGGUUUCGCUCUUCCAGACCUUCUGGCUCCAGUCUGUGCUUUGCUUCUUGGUGGGCUUCCCGUUGCUGACGGCGCAACGCGGCUCGGCGCCAAUGUACUUUACCGACAAGGAUUUGGUGGGAGCGACCAUGUGGGUGGUGGGCUUCCUCUUUGAGGCGAUUGGCGAUCUGCAGCUCACCCUGUUCAAGCGCAAUCCCGCCAACGAAGGCAAGCUUCUGACCACCGGUCUGUGGCGCUUCACCCGCCAUCCCAAUUACUUUGGCAAUGCGCUCAUGUUCUGGGGCUACUAUGUGAUUGCCUGCAACGCGCGGUUUGGCUGGACAACCAUCCCGGCGCCCUUGCUGAUGACCUAUCUGCUCACGUCUCUGAGCGGAGUGCCUAUGCUGGAGCGCUCGCUCAUCCGCAAGAAGCCCGAGUUUGUGGCAUAUGCUGCCCGAACGAGCGCCUUCAUUCCCUGGUUCCCCGCCAACAUUGACUCGGCCAGCAUUGUGCUGUAAGCUGUGUGUGGUCGGCGCGCAGAAAUAAAGGCAAAAAAAAAAAAACAAAAAAAAAAAAACAGGAAGUAAUUUCUUGGAGAUACAACAAUCAUAACGAACAAAAC